AUGCACCGAUCGAAAGACAAAAUUUCCGCCCGUUGGGAAACGCUCAUGACUGGUUUGUGUAAGGGCGUCAAGGCCUAUAUCAGGUCUCAGAAUGCCAGUUAUCCGGCCUAUAACCAGCCUGUGGAGGCCAGCCCUGGUACCCAGAGCCCAGACCCGAGGACGAGUCUGAGCCUCGCCUCCGAGGGAAGCAUGGCAAUGACCAAAAUGUAG